CGUACUAUUCUCAAGGCAUACGGGCGUCCUAGAAACGACGCAAGGCGAUCGUUUGCUUGGUUCUGGCGAGUGGCGCGUAGUUCGCGAACAGCUGACGGAUUCCGAAGGGGACAGUCGUCAGGUGCACAACGGUUGUUCCGAGUUUUCUUUUUUUCAACUUGUUAUUUCGUAUUUUGUAUUUCACUCAUUUUUGCAAUUGGCCGUAUCGAACCUGAAAGGGAUCGGGUGCCAUUAAACACUAAGAAGAAGAAGCGAACAGCUGACUCGACGGUGCUUGUGAUGUUCUCGGAAUGGCUUGCAGUCGGAAUUAAUUGCGAAACUCGAUGACGUUGCGAGAUCUAAUGCGCGUCGAAAGAAACGCGCCUACGAUUUACGGAAUCGUCGAUUGAGACUGCUGACUCAGAUGCCUAUCGCGUUUAAUAGAGAGAUAAUAGAGAGCGGGUAAGGCACCGUGGAAUGCGACUGUUUUGUUUCUCUGCGAUCUAACCUACUUCCCGUACUCGUGACUCGCGCGAUAACGCUCGGCGUGUGCGAGCGCUCCGGCACGCGCUCGACGUUAUCAGUUUUGCAAGAUGACUUCAUCACCCCGCGAGGGUACUUCCUUGUUGCUUCCUCGGUAUCAUCGUCGUCAGUAUCGACAGGGACGCGAGUCGUGCGUGAUCGUGCGAGACAGUCUAGAUGAUGGCCUUUGUACCUUGACUAAACAGUGGUAACAAGGACGAAGGGAUUUGGUCGCUGCCCCGGCUGAUCCUUCGACUGAUCGUGCACGUGAUAGUGAAGAUGUUUAGACGACGAGACCGAGGCAGAUCACGUUCAAUCGUUGGGACGUACGCAAGCGGGCAACAUGGACUCGUUACUGAAGACGGUCGGCUCUAUGACGGGCAGCAAGAAGAAGGCCCUGAUCAAGGACUCUCUCAAGACGCAUCUCAGCACGAGUGUCGUGGAAAUGCAGAGUGCACACGAGCUCGGCAGCGACCACGUUGUCAGCAAUUGCGACGAGGCCACAAGCUUGUGCGCUGUUCUGGAAGCUGUCUUUUUGCACGGUUUAAAGGACAGUCUACUGAACCGAGUGACGCAGGCCCUGAGCGGCCCCGACUACGACUCUAUGCCGCAGCCGAGUUUCUGGGGACCGCUGCUGGUGUUCUCUCAUCGGCAGCUCAUCAAGCAGAUACAAUCCUUGAGCCAAAUUACCACCGAGGUGGGGUAUUGUCGCGCGUGGAUACGUCAAACGUUGAACGAUGGUAUGCUAGCUAACUACCUGUGCUACAUAAAGCGAGAUAAUUCAGCCCUGAAGCCGUACUACAAUCACUGGGCCUAUGUCAGAGACCCAGACCUUGUUGAAGUCGCGCAGAGAUACAUGGAAACUCUAGAUCACGUGAGCUUCACCUUGGCCUGCAACAGCAGUCUCUUAAACAUUUGGUCUAACACUCCUCUGCUCCUGGCUGGUAUCUGGUCGCCGCCAAUGAAGUCUUGCCCCAUAGUCAGUGCGGUGGAUAUAGCAAAGACAAUAACCAAUGAUGUUGAAACUGAUAGUGUGGAGGAAAUGGAGACAAUAAGCAUUGCGAGCUCCAUUGGCAUAGGAUCAUUUAACUCCUCGCAGUCGGCGUUUAAUAACAUCGCGAGCAUCACGGAGGACAGAGCGCUAAAAAUCAUUCUAGCAAAUAAUAGAUCUGAUACCAUUCUUUCUGAAUUAUCCAAUUGUGAUAACAGCGAAACACAGAGAAGCGACGUCGCGCAAAGGUCAAAUGAUGGUACUCCAGAUACUGCAGAAAAAGAAGAAGAAAAGGAGAAAGUAGUAGAGAAGGAGAAAGUAGAAGAAACAUCAAAUGAUAAUGCAGAAGAAAAGAAUGCAAAUGUUGACACGAUCGCUGACACAAAAGACCCGCAAUCGGAAAGCGCAUCGAAAGACAACGAAGUCAUUAAUGACGCAGCUGCAGCUACCGUAGGAAAUUCAUUAGGGAAAUUCGUGGGCAAAUUAGGAUGGUCUACGUCGUUCGACGAGUCUUCUCUGGCUUCAUCUGUGAUAUCUGAAUCUGGAGCGAACGCGCCUCGUACACCCGGCGAUGGUAGCUCAUACGAAGCACUCAUUGAAAGUUAUCAAAAUACACAGAAUACACCGCCAGAAAUGCGUGAAUUCAUGAACCAAUACUCAGAGAAAAGGAUUAAUCUCAAGGAAGAAUCGAAAGCUGAGCGUUCCAAGCAAAAGGUUGUGGUAGAUUUUGAUGCGCAAUUAUGUUACAUACCCAGGGAGAAAGGUUUAGAUAUACAGGAUUAUACUUGUCUCGAUUGCGGUCAUCCGAUCGGCAUGAUUUUUUCCAAGGCGCACGUGUGCUCGUACUCGGGACACUAUUUCUGUUCGGACUGUAUGGCAGAGGGAGUGUACGUCGUACCGUCACGUAUGAUUCACAAUUGGGACUUGAAGCAGUACUCCGUUUCUCGAAAAGCCGCCGAAUUUUUGGAAAAGGACUCGGCCCUGAUAAAUCUGAAGACCGUGAAUCCGAAGAUCUACAUGGCGGUCGAUAUCAUGGCUCAAUUACAGUCGUUGCGAAUUCGAUUGAAUCUCCUGAGAGCGUAUUUAUUUACGUGUCGGGAGCCCAUAAUCGAAUCCUUGCAGCAGAAAGUCUCGAUGAGGGAAUAUUUGUACGACCAUGUCCACCAAUACGCCAUCUCCGACCUUCUCGAUAUACCCAACGGGAUUCUCGCGCAGCAACUUCAAAAAGUUGUCGAGUUUGCGAAGGAUCACGUGAUGAACUGUUGGCUUUGUAAACAGAAGGGUUUUAUAUGCGAGAUAUGCGAUAAUCCGAGGGCCAUUUAUCCCUUCGACUUGGAAUCUACAUUUCGGUGUGGAAAGUGUAACGGCGUGUACCACGCGGAGUGCUUAGACGCCAGCAAACCGUGUCCAAGGUGCAUCCGCAAGCGUAAUCGAAUAGAUUUGCCGCUUUUAAAUAUAGGAUGUACAAAUUUGCAGAACGACAUAGUAUCAUCGUCUCCGGAACGGAUUGAAACCAAGUGAAAGAAAGUGUAAAUUACCGCUUUGUUAAUACUGGCAACGCGCUUUAUAUUGUUAAACUUAUAGAUAAUAUAAUGACCAGCAGAUAUUUUUUAUCAUAUUAUAAAGGAACACUUGGGUUCGAUUAUUUCACGAGACUGGCAGCUUUCCAUACAUGAACAGAACACAUUGUGACUCCUUAUAUGAUAUAGACAUUUAUUAUAAUUUUAUGUACAAAAGGAGUAAAAUAUACGAAAUCUUUUGUUUAUUA